AUGGGCUUUGAUGAGUACAUGAAUUUGGUUUUGGAUGAUGCUGAGGAAGUCAAUGUCAAGAAAAAGAGCAGAAAGUCUUUAGGAAGGAUUCUUCUUAAAGGAGACAACAUUACUCUGAUGAUGAACACCAUUGUGAAAAAUGAUCUUUACGCCGCAUUCUUAGAAAACCCCUUGCUAGCAAUCCGGAGUCACAGCACUGAUAAGUGGACAAUGGAGGUAGAAAGGGACAGCUAUUCACUAGCCCGGCCAAGCGGGAUCCAUGGUACUGGUCCUGGUGCAAUUGUGUUUCUUGAUGACAUCAUAUGGAUCAUGUGUCUGCUAAUAGGGAAGCAAGUGCUCUGA